AUGCAAGCACUCCGUACAGCGAGUCGAGGAGUAUACUGCGGUCCGCUUCGGCUCCUAGCAUGGCAGUGCUUUGAGGAUCUCAAGGCCAUGGGGCUCGAUUCUGAUCUCAUCACUGGCCAGGAUACCGAAACAGGCGUCGGGACCCACCUUUCCUGCACUGUUGAGAUGUGUCCUGGCCCCGGCAGCGUAGAGUAUGAUGUUGGUGUGAUCGAUGAAGUACAGUUGGUCGGUGAUCGAGAACGCGGUGGAGCCUGGACUAGGGCCAUAUUGGCUCUCCCAGCUCGUGAGAUACACCUCUGUGGCGACGGCAGGGCAACGGAACUCGUAGAAACUUUGUUGGGAACGUAUCGCCCUAACGAUGUCGUGGUCCGUCAUAAACCGUACUCCCGUCUUAGCCCCUUGUUUCUCUCCGGUAAGGCCAUCGGUUCCUACCGUAGUCUUAGAAGAGGAGAUUGCGUAGUGGUAUUCAGUCGCUGGGAUAUCAUGCGGGUUAAGGCGGAUAUCGAGCGCUCCACAAGGUGGCGUGUCUGUGUUGUUUACGGUACUCUUCCGCCAGAAACUCGGCGUGACCAGAUCAAUAGCUUCAAUCGUCAAGAGUUCGACGUUCUCGUAGCCAGCGACUGUAUUGGCCUUGGUCUCAACUUCAACAUACGCCGA